GGUUGGAGCGCUAGCAGCGGGCAGCCGGCGGGGCGGGGCCGGCCAAGUUUGUUUCCCGAGUUCGGAGACCAGGAGCCCCCGCGGUUGUGGCGCAGGUGCCGUCCGGCUGGGUCGCGAUGGAGCUGCCAGCCGUGAACCUGAAGGCGAUCCUCCUGGUUCACUGGCUGCUGACAACCUGGGGCUGCAUUGUGUUCCAGGGCGCCUAUCCCUGGACCAACUUCCCCAUCCUGGCCUUGGGCGUGUGGGCUGUGGCGCAGCGGGACUCUGUUGACGCCAUAAGUAUGUUUCUGGGUGGCUUGGUGGCUACCAUCUUCCUGGACAUUAUCUACCUUGGCAUCUUCUACCCGAGGUCCAGCCUCUCGGACACGGUGCGCUUCAGCGCAGGCAUGGCCAUCCUCAACCUGAUCCUCAAGCCGAUCUCCUGCUUCUUCGUCUACCAAAUGUACCGAGAGCGUGGGGGUGAGCUCCUGGUCCACGUUGGUUCCCUUAGGCCCUCAGAGGAUCGCAGUUCGUACCAGCCGAUCGACUCCUCAGAGGUGCCUGCUGACCCGGAGAGCAAGGCUCACGUGACCCGAGGAUACUGAAGCCCAGCCCAGGGGCCAGUCUGACAAACUGUGGGGCUGGCAGAGAGGAGGCCUCAUCACCUUCUUUGUGCCUUAGACGUCAUCCUAGGGGGUGCUCCUGACCGCCCCCUGCUUUCUCAGAACUAACUUCUGUCCUCCAGUUCCCCAUCUCAGGGGCUGCCUGAAUCAAGUGCCCUAAGAGGCCCAGAGCCCCUGUGCACACCUGUCCCCAAUUCCUCGAGGCCUCUCCUCCCUUCUGGGUAGCCCACUGGUCCCAGGCUGGGAACUCUGGUUGCUUUUGUCCCCUCCACCCUUAGCUGCUCCAUGCAGGCCCCAGGCCGAGCCGUGCCCAAGCCUGGCAGGAUCAGGCCUCUGGGGGCCACUGGUGCCCCCCCCGCCUCGGCCUCUCCUGAGGUUGGCCAUGCCCUCCCACAGGAGCUCCGAGAGCCUCGGGUCUUGCUAACUGCCAGGAGCACAGGGGUGAGGACCCCUGGCUUCUCACUACCUGGUCACUUGGUGCCUGGGGACCCCAGGGCUGGUGACAGGAGGGGUCUGCAGCCCCUCAGACCCCCAUCAGCCUCUGGCUGCGGCCACAGCAUUAAAGUUCAGGGAAUUCUGCAGCCAA